UAAUGGAUCAGAAGACUGAAAAGGCUCUACUCGAAUAGUAGAAUGAAUUAUUAGAAUUAUAGUUAUUAGAAUUAAAAGAGAGGGAAAAUGGAUACAAAAUAUUUAAUGAAACAAUUCUAAAUGCCUAUAAUUCUAUGCAAAAUGAUGUUAAUAAAUAAAAUGUAAAGAUAAAGUCCUAUGCUUCUAGAGUUUAGUGUAUAAAUAGUUAUAGUAGACUUUGGAAUAAUAUUCUUAAGAGUUGAUAGAAUCUAAAAAUAGGAACACUAUGGUUCUAUCUUAAUUAGAGAAGGAGAAUCGAUACUUAAAAAACUAUUUAGAAUAAUUAGAAAUUAAGAUCUAAGAAUAAACUUAACAGUAGGAAAAUGAACUUUCUGAUUUGGAAUAACAAUUUGAAACUCUAUAAUUAUAAUAAGAAAGUACUAUUGUUUCUAAACCUAAAAAAAAGAAGCCAUCAUAAAAUAAAGAAAAUAAUAAACCUGAAUAAACAAGUGGAGGUUGUAUUGUAUCUCUUAAAUCUAAAAAUGAUGAAAAUAAAAAGAAGGAAUUAUGCAUAAGCAAUGUAUUAAAUUGUAAGGAUUCAAAUGUGAUGGAGAUAUCUCAUUUAGAUUGGUUAGAUUCAAAUUCUCCAACUGGUUUAUUCAAACAAUUUCAAAUACACUAAAGAGGACGUGAUCGUUCUGAUCAUUCAUAAAGGAUACAAUAACCCUAAUUAUCUAAAAGAAUUUUUAGAGAUUAAGGUAGAAGUGAAGAUUCUAUAAGUCCUUAAUGUAUGAGGAAUGCUACUCCAAAAAAUAAUUUUAUUACUCCAGAAUCUAAAUAAUUAAAAUAUGAUUUGCAAUAGGGUUUCAUAAAUAAAGCUGAAUUCAAUUAAUAAAAACCAGAGAAGAGAUCUUUAGCAGAAUUUACUAAAUAAAUUAAUUCUGUUAGAUCAACUGAGAAUUUUUAAAUGAUCCUCAGAUAAAGUUCUAUGGUUUGA